CGGAAAAAACAGAAAUUGGCCGCUUCUUCUUCUUCUUCCUCCCCCAUGGCUGUGAACAAGCAGUGAAGCUUACUUGCAGCAGAGAAGCCAGCCAAAGAAACAAUCAGAGCAAGACUCAAUACAAGCCUAACAGGAUUGCCAAAACCUUCUUGAGCUUCCUUUUGAUUUGGCAUUGACGUUUGACUGUCUUUGACCUCGUCCAUAUACACGGAUUGCUGUCUACGCCCUCCCGGCAGAUCCCGCGUAUUCUCCGGUUUCCAUCUCCUCUUUCUCCCUGAUGGGCUUGCAAGUUAGUCGAUUUUGUUUUGGACAGUGAUGACCUCGGUGUGAACCUGUCAGCCGGCGAGACUGAUCGGCGAUGAGAGGAGCCUCGCUGAGCCCCGUCGAGCCUCGGCUCCGAUUGUCUGCUUCAUCUAAUGAAGAAAUGAACAAAAGAAGGUCCCAAAGGAGUAGAUAUUUCAAAGAUGUUGAAAAGGCUCUCCGCUUUCCCAUCCUAGGAAGGAAUUUCAACUGCAAGAUACCAACCUUAAAAAUUGUGCUUGUCAUCAUUUUACUGGGAACUUUUCUGACCCUUUACCGAUCUCCAGCAAUUUACAAUACAGAUCUCUCCAAUUCUGCAUCUCGGCACAGUUUCAUGGAGAGAUGGACGAGAGAGCAUAAUGUUCCAGAUCCUCGUUAUAUAUCUUCCCUCAACAUCAACUGGGACCAAAUCUCAACUGCUAUUGAGAAGCUGACUGACAGAGAUGACUAUAAAGGAAUUGGUCUGUUGAACUUUAAAGAGGAUGAAAUUGAACUGUGGAAGCAGCUGAUUCCCGAUGCUGAACACGUCACUUUGCAUUUGGACCCUGUGGCAGAAAAUGUAACCUGGGAAUCACUUUAUCCUGAGUGGAUAGAUGAGGAAGAAGACUUUGAGGUUCCCACUUGUCCCUCUUUACCUAAGCUUCAAGUUCCAGGAAAACCGAGGAUUGAUCUCCUUGCUGUCAAGCUUCCAUGUAAUGAGUCAGGAAAGUGGUCAAGAGAUGUGGCUCGUUUGCACUUGCAGCUUGCAGCAGGUGGGCUUGCUGCCUCUGCAAAGAGCUAUCAUCCAGUCCGUGUACUCUUUGUGACAGAGUGCUUUCCAAUCCCAAAUCUGUUCACUUGCAAAGAACUGCUUAUACACGAAGGAAAUGUUUGGCUAUAUGAGCCGAACCUGAACAAACUGAGAGAAAAGGUCCGACUUCCGGUGGGAUCAUGUGAACUUACUGUGCCUCUUAAGGCUAAAGAGAACUUCCAUUCGGAGAGGGCCAGCCGAGAAGCUUAUGCAACGAUCCUUCACUCUGCUCACUUCUAUGUUUGUGGGGCAAUCGCUGCAGCUCAGAGUAUCCGCAUGGCAGGUUCAACUCGGGACCUCGUGAUACUCGUCGAUGAAUCGAUCACGGACUAUCACAGAGGAGGAUUAGAAGCUGCAGGUUGGAAAAUUCACACAAUUACGAGGAUCAGGAAUCCUAAGGCUGAACCUGAUGCUUAUAAUGAAUGGAACUACAGCAAGUUCCGUCUCUGGCAGUUGACGGAUUAUGACAAGAUAAUCUUCAUUGAUGCUGACAUGCUCAUAUUGAGAAACAUUGAUUUCCUCUUUGAGAUGCCGGAAAUUUCUGCAACAGGAAAUAAUGCUACUCUCUUCAAUUCUGGUGUAAUGGUGGUUGAGCCCUCAAACUGCACAUUCCAGCUCCUCAUGGACCACAUCAACGAGAUUGAGUCCUACAAUGGAGGUGAUCAGGGGUACCUAAACGAGGUAUUCACGUGGUGGCACCGGAUCCCUAAACACAUGAACUUCUUGAAACACUUCUGGGAAGGGGAUGAGCCUGAGAAGAAGGCAAUGAAGACCCGCCUCUUCGGCGCGGAUCCACCAAUCCUCUAUGUCCUCCACUACCUUGGGAACAAACCCUGGCUCUGUUUCAGGGACUACGACUGUAACUGGAACGUGGACAUACUACAAGAGUUUGCGAGUGACGUUGCCCACAAGAGGUGGUGGAAGGUCCACGAUGCAAUGCCCAAGAACCUGCACAAGUUCUGCUUGCUCCGGUCGAAGCAGAAGGCGGCUCUGGAGUGGGACCGGAGGCAGGCUGAGAAGGCGAUCUACACAGACGGUCACUGGAAGAUAAAGAUCAAGGACAAGCGGUUAAAGACAUGUUUGGAGGAUUUCUGCUUCUGGGAAAGUAUGCUGUGGCACUGGGGUGAGAAGAACUGGACCGAUAACUCGACAACUACUGUCCCUCCACCACUAAAGCUUGGCUCCGCUUCUCUCCCAUCUUUGUGACAUCAUAGGUUAUCAUACAUCUCUCAUACUUCUUCAAAUGUAGGUGACAUUUAUUUCGAUUCAUUAUUUGGCAGUUACAAUGGUCGAACUUUCUGUACUAUACAAGCAUAUUGCAUACAUAAUUUGAGUGAUUAACCCGGUCCGAAAGCUUCUUCAUA